AUGAAGAAGCAAAUUUGCUCCACCAUCUUUAUGAUUUGCUUUCUCAUUCUUGUGAUAAAUGGUGCAGAAUCUCAAACUUGCAGGCCUAGUGGCAAAAUUAGAGGUAGAAAACCUCCUCCAGGGCAAUGCAACCAAGAACAUGAAUCUGAUUGUUGUGUAAAUGGAAAAUUUUACACAACUUACAAAUGUUCACCACCAGUAAAUGGUCAUACAAAAGCAACACUAACAUUGAACAGUUUUGCUGCGGGUGGCGAUGGUGGUGGCCCAUCUGAAUGUGAUAAUCAAUACCAUUCAGAUAAUGAGCUGGUAGUUGCACUUUCCACAGGAUGGUUCGCUAAUAAAAAAAGGUGUUUAAAUUAUAUUACCAUACAUGGUAAUGGAAAUAGUGUCAAGGCUAAAGUAGUUGAUGAGUGCGACUCUACCAUGGGAUGUGAUUCUGUCCAUGAUUAUCAACCUCCUUGCCCUAAUAAUAUUGUUGAUGCUUCACCAGCAGUUUGGAAAGCCUUAGGUAUCUCUGAUCCUGAUAAUGUGGGAGAGAUGAAUAUAUAUUGGUCCGAUGCUUAA